AUGACCACAAAACCCUCAAUGGUUAGAACAGAUUUUGGUCUAGCUAGACGUCUCCUGAUUAUAAGAGUCUGCAGGCACCUAAGAACAAGAGUUGGUCCCACCAAUAGUGUCGUAACAUAUGGUUCACAUGUUGCUAUUCACAUGGCUCUUGGAUUCCUUUUCAUUGGUGGGGGAAGCUAUACGUUAUCCAAUAAACCAUCUUCAGUUGCUGCUUUGAUUAUCUCAUUAUUUCCGAAAUAUCCUACUCACAGUAACGACAAUAGGUAUCAUUUACAAGCCUUGAGACAUUUCUAUGUACUUGCUGUUGACCCACGGUUGCUGUUGCCGAAAGAUAUUGAUAGCAAAAAAUUUUGUUACGCAAAAAUGAGAAUAACUUUUCAAUCAUCUUCAGAACAAGAAGGUCAAAGAGUUUCAAUGAAGGCUCCUGACUUAUUACCUCAACUCAAUAGAUUAAGUAAAAUUGAAUUAGCUGAUGAUAGAUAUUGGAAAAUUAUAUUAGAGAAGGAUCGUCAUUUUCAACAGCUAGAAAACAUCUUAAAUAAUAAUUGUGUCCUCCAUGUCAAACAGAGAGCUGGCUGUCUUUCACAUUUGGAAGAUCCACAUGGCGUCCGUUCUAUUUUAGCUCGUACUUUGACGACAGAAGACAUUAUAGUAUGGUCAGCAUCUCUCAAACAAAUUAUAUCCUUCACUUCCAAUAAAACAAUAUUGAAUUUUAUUCAUCGAUUUUUAGAGAAAAGUACUUUACUUAAGGACGUAACAUGUGACGACUACUGUACAAAUAAAACUCAUUGUGAUAAAAACUUGCUGUGUUUUGUACUUCCUCAAGUAUUUUCGUAUAAAAAAGAGGAUACAUAUCACCAAAUUCAUGAGGUUCAGUUAGAUAUUUCAGUUAGUGAAAACAAUUACUUACAAACCUUAAUAAGAAUAACUUACGAAUGUGUUAUAAGAGAUAAAGUGAAUCUCCUCCCACUAUGGGUUAAUUUUACAAAAUCCAUAUUUACCAUAAUCAAAAAUGUAGAAAUUCACUUUAUCUGGCAAAUAAAAUUUCUUUAUUCACUUGGUCUUACAAAAGACUAUUGUAAAGGACUGCAAAAAGUACUCAGCAUAGAAAAUAUUUUAGCAAACAAACAACAGAUAAGUUUUAUCAUAGAUUCGUGGGAACAUGACCUUCGUUCAGCUUUAUGCAAUUUUAGAAGUACUGGACACCAAUUUGAAAAAAUUCAAUGCUAUAAAAAGUUUAUUAGUUAUAUGUUUCAUUAUAAUGUAUUCGAUAUAAAAAAUUUUUUUCAUAGAUAUAAUAAAGAUAACCUUACUAAGAACAGAUCUUGUUUAGAAGCUCAUGGAUCUUCAAGAAUCAAGAAAUUAUUUAAAUAG